CACUGGGGUUAUCUGCGCAUAUUCAUAUAAUUACUUGACAAUGCUUUCAUCCAACAUUCCAUCUCCCACCAUCACAUACUCAGUACGACCGAGACAUCUUACAAUCAAUAUGAAAGCUACGUUAGUUCUGGUUUUGCUGGCGUGCGUGUUGGCGCUGGCUUACGGCGACCUAGUGUGCGGGACUAACUACUGCAAACAGCACCCAUGCACCACUCGCCUGGCGUCUACCAGCUGCCGCUCGCCAUCCCUCUACCGCCCCAACCACGCCGGCAAGUGCGCAUGCUGUCCCGCCUGUGUUACCUUACUAGGUGAGGGCGCUGCAUGCAAGACUUACAGCAAGGAGCUGGGAGAGACGCCCUCAGCCGUCUGCCGCGAGCCGCUCAAAUGCUUGACCGGUGUCUGCACCAAAGUUACUCCUCGCCGUUAACUGAAUACAAAAACAAACCUAUGUUAAGCUCCAAAUAAAAAUAAAAAACAAAAUAAAAAAUUUCGUCUUUAAAAAGCGCAGUAUGCACGUAUGUAUGUAAAUUCUUAAUUAUAAACAAUAGUUAACACAGUAUGGCUUUUAAUUUAACAAGUUUCCUGGCUUAAUUGUACACCAGAGUUAGCAUCACAUUCCACUCUUUGUGGUAGACGAAUUUUAUUCUUUUACCGUACAUAUUUUGUUACAUUUAAAUUUAAAUUCGGCAUCCGGUCGUGAAAUCUUGUUUAUUUAUUCGCAAAGUGUAGUGUAUACUGUAUAAAGUCGCUUCAUGAUCGCGAGCAAGCAAAUAGGUCAGUAGCAUUUCAUCUCGUUUGAUGUUUAGUAUUCCGAACACGGAACAAGUAUUGAUGCUGUAUUCAACUGCAGCCGGUAUCAACAAACAAGCCAAAUUGACCUCUUUAAUAUAUUGCAUACAUUCAAAAUUUUAGUAGUUCAUAAUUUAAGUAUAUUUCGUACAAAGAACGGAAUCCAGUAAGUUAGUAAGCAAUCUUAAGUGUUAAUUAAUACAUAAACUUUGGCAAUCUACUACUCAAAUAUUACAAGACUGUAGCUGACUUAUUCUCAUGGCUUUGAUAUUCAAGGAAAUAGCCCGAAAUGUACUCACAUUUAAUUUUGGUACAUAAAUAUAUAUCUUCCAUCGCA